UGGGCUUCGCCUUUCCCCUCGUUUUCUUUCGUCUCUUCCUUUUCCAGCUCGGUCAACUUCAGAGGAAGAAGGCAAUCCACGUUCGCUCCCGCUGUACUUUGCGGCCCUCCAUCGCGGCAUCCCAUCGUUAUCCCGCCGCCGUCUUUCGUUAACAAGCCGACUCAAUCGUUACUGCCUUAUAAUUGAAAACGUCCCGGAGCCAGACGUGGUGUUGCAUUUUUUUUUUCUUAGUACAUUCUUCCUCGUAUAUACGCGCGCAAGAGAUACCCUUCUGUCAAAAUGGUUCGCCUUGCUACGACCUUGCUGUUGGGCGCUCUGUCCGCCUCUGCUGUGUUGGCCGACACCACGACAUGCAGCCCCGACAAUAAAUGUCCGUCGGACAAGCCCUGCUGUUCGCAGUAUGGUGAGUGUGGCACAGGCGCAUACUGCCUGGGUGGAUGUGACCCACUCUCGUCCAACGCGCUCGACUCUUGCACUCCUGCGCCAAUCUGCCAGAGCAAGACCUACAACUUCGACAACCUCGAUGGCAUCGAGGCGAACACCAAGUACCUGGGUGAUGCCAGCAAGGCGGACUGGGUGUCGAGCGGCCAGCCGCUGUCGAGCAACGGCUCGCUCGUCCUGACCAUGGCCCCCAAGACCGUUGGUACCCUGCUGGCCAACAACCACUACAUGUGGUACGGUAAGGCCACUGCCAGACUGAAGUCCAGCCGCGGCCAGGGUGUUGUGACGGCUUUCAUUCUUCUGUCUGAUGUCAAGGACGAGAUCGACUACGAAUUUGUCGGUGCCGACCUGGAACAUGCGCAAACCAACUACUACUUCCAGGGCAUUACGGACUAUGAUAAUGGAGCCAACGCUUCUGCUUCUGACACUUUCGACGACUGGCACACCUACGAGAUCGACUGGACCCCAGAUCAGAUCACCUGGUCCAUUGACGGCCAAGUUAACCGGGUCAAGAAGAAGUCCGAGACAUGGAAUGCCACCGCAAACCGUUACCAGUUCCCGCAGACCCCCGCUAGAGUUCAGCUGUCUCUCUGGCCCGCCGGUCUGAGCACCAACGCUCCUGGCACGAUUGCUUGGGCUGGUGGUGAGAUCGACUGGGACAGCGAGGACAUCAAGGAGCACGGUUACUACUACGCUCUGUUUGACCAGGUCACUAUGGAGUGCUAUGACCCUCCUGCUGGCGCCAACAUCCAGGGCAACAGCUCUUACAUCUACACUAGCUAUGCGGGUACCAACAACACUGUCGAGAUCACCGACAAGCCUACCGUUCUAAGCUCUUUCGAGGCCACCGGCACCAACAUGACCGCGGGUGCUUCUUCGGCCUCCUCGAGCGCCUCCAGCACCGCCAGCGGUGAUGACACCGUCCCCGGUGUCAAGGGCGGUUCUGGAGCGGCGUCGGACAGUGGAAGCAGCAGUUCGAGCUCGAGCUCUGGAACGAGCUCUGGAACCAGCUCUGGUUCUGGAUCUUCCACCACUGGCUUCACCCAGGGUGGCUCCCAGAACAACGGCGCUCUCUCCCAGAACGAACGGGUGCUGAGUGGUUCCCUGUUCGCCGUUCUGGUUGCUGUGGUCGUUCUGGUUGCUAUGUAAAUUGUACUUUUUUGCAUGCCUAAGGUUUUGGUAACUCCUCUUUCAUGGACAAAUUUUCUUUUCUUGAGAAUGGGGUUCAGUUGUCAAUCCUUAUUCCAAACUUUAUCGGGCAAUAUACUCCCCCAUGCGUGCGCUUUUGAGAGUUCUCUAGUACAUUUUAAUACCCUGGGUAAUCAGUUAUGAGCCAGUAUAUUCAUGUCUCAAGAUGUCAUAAUACCAUGAAGUAAGUCCUCAAUAUAGAGGCAACCUAGUUUUGAUCCUUCCAUUACAUUUUGUCACGUCCGGGAAGACCAAACCGGAGAUCCUACUUUCCUUUUCUCGAGUGUGGUCUAGCGAGUUAUGAUCUACUUUUGACUAUUCCUGUUUAUUAUACGAUGAUGUACGUCAGUUUCUGCUAGCAACUGAAUGUUAUUUCAAAGGAGGCAACCCCCGGAUUUGAUCUGCACUGUGAU